AUGAAGCUCGUCCGGUUUUUGAUGAAAUGCGCCAAUGAGACGGUGACUGUUGAGCUCAAGAAUGGCACAAUUCUCCAUGGCACAAUUACUGCGGUCUCCCCGCAAAUGAACACCUCUCUCCGAACCGUGAAGAUGACUCCCAAGGGCCGUGAUCCCCUCUCGCUCGACACCAUCAACAUCCGUGGCUCCACAAUCCGUUACUACAUCCUCCCCGAUAGCUUGCCGCUCGACACUCUGCUUGUUGAUGACGCUCCCAAGCCCAAGAACAAGGCCCGCAAAGAGGCAGACCGUGGUCGUGGUGGCCGUGGAGGUCCCCGCGGCGGUGGCGGCAGAGGCCGUGGUGGUCCUCGUGGUGGUGGCCGUGGACGGGGUCGUGGUUUCUAA